AUGAGCCAGAGUGCCUUGGACGUGUUCUUCGGUGGAAAGGGUAGUGAGCCAGAGCUCGACACUCAGCAAGAAGACACUCAAGAAGUGGAGGUAGUUCAGGAAGUCCCGGAGCCUCAAGAGCCUGAAGCUAGCGAGGCCGCCGAGGAGCCUAAAGCAAAGGCCAAAGGCAAGGCGGCAAAGUCCGAGAACCCGCCGGAGGAAAGCAGCAAGGCGAAAAAGUCUCGCUCGGACCAGGACCGUGAGAAAGCGGCGAAGCUGGGCGACCUGCAGCUUUGCAACAGCGAGCCCCAGCCGCCUGCCGGGCAGGGGGAAAGCAGGGACAAGAACAAGGCAUGGUGGUUCUCGAAGCACUUGAGCACCAUGCCGGACGAUAUCCAGAAGUUGUUUCUCUCUGAGAAAGUGUCACGGGCCGACAAGACGAAGCUCAUCAAUGGUGCGGUUGAGAAGAAAUCCGGGGGCAAGGCCGGCCAGAUGUACAAGCUGAACACCGAGUCCGCCGUGCUCCAGCAGCUGAGCACCUUCUACAAGAAGGUUUGUGGCAAGGACAAGGUGAAGGGCAAACCCAGAGCACUGAUGGUGGCCAAGCUGGGAGGGGAGGAAGCUUUCAAGAAAGCUCUGGCCACCGGGGAUGUGUAUGAGGUGAACAACAAUGGUUCCUUGUUCUACUGCUUCAGAGAGAUCGUCGUCACCAAUGAGACUGGCACCAACAAUAGGAUGUCGACAUCGAAGCUACGGAAGCCCGACCAGAGCAUCACCGACUCCGCCGCCGAGGGAUUCGACAGCUUCUUCGCAAACUUCCAACCAUGCCUGGAACCGGACCGUGCUGCUGGAUGUGGCUCAGAGCUCCAGGGUGGCCUUCUGGCUUUGUGUGACAAACCGGGAGCAGAGAGCUGGACUGCGGAAGCUAGUACGAAGGUGGAGGAAGCCUUGCAGUGGGCAAAUGCCACGAGGAUCAGUGUUUCCAAAGUGCUUUCAAAGGAGACGGCAGCUUUGAGCAAAAGCUCGGUGUGGACGACCCUCAAGGGCCAGCUCCAGAAGGCUUGGGAGGACUUGAUGCCCUUGCACUCGGAUCUCGAGAAAGCGAAGCUCUUCAAGAACCUUUCGCUUGCUGAGCUGAGGUCGCUGUUGCAAAAGGCUGCAACUGGCCUGCUCGCAGCCCAGGAUUUGAUCAAGGGCAUGACUGCCCUCAUUUGA